AAGCUCCUCGAUAAUUUCGCUUGUGCAGCUUCUGAAAACAAACUGGACUAUUAGCUCUUAUAAGUUAAAGUCUUGAUUCAUUUAAUACAUUGCAAGUAAGAAGAACAAUACAGUGUUUGUUCAGCCCACAUUAGGUUUGCACUGUACCAACACCAUCCCAUCGCUGAUUAAAGGAUGCAGACAUACAGUGUGGGCCAGCCAUGUUGGAAGAACUAUUACAUAAGCUGAAUCAUGUUCGAUGAGUACAGAAAAGGAAGACAUAGAAGACCAAGAAGAAGAUAACUGAAGAUGGACAACAGGGACACCUGCAGAAGACAGUCUGAUUAAAAAAAUUAACUGGAAAAGAGAAGGGAAGAUAGCUCAACAAUGGAACAGCUGGAUUGCCAGAACAACCCAAAUGUUGAUGCAUGCCCUGCUGGUCCUUCCCAGGCAGCAAUCAUAGACCAAAAGGUGGGGAGUUCUGCUGACAUUGAACUCCAGAAUGAGCAACAUUUGCAGCUAUGGAAUUUGCGGGCCAAUAAUAUUCAGCGAAUCCUGUCAAUACCUCAUAAAGAACAUUGCCCUCUUUAUCCUUAUUCCAGAUGCAAGAAACUAGGUAUUGAUUUCAAUGUAGGAUCCGGAGUAAAGCAAAAUCUUGAUCCCAAAUUACUGACCAAUGGCAUCAUGGCUGAAUUGAACACUUUUGCCACGGCAAUGUUAUCAGCCAGAAAGCAUUUCAUUACAGAGAUACUGGAGUAUAAUUUUGAUCUUAAUUUGACAAAUGAGCUGCUUCGCAGUGCCUUUGCACAGAGAACUAUGUCAAAAAUGAAAACAAUGAAUCACCAUAAAAAAUACAGUGUUCAUCGUUUAAAAAUGUUUUUUGAACUCCCUGACACAAAAUGCAUUCAAGAAUCUAUGGAAGCGACAACUACAUAUUGCCCCAAAUGCCAUCAAGACCAAAAGCUUCGUCAGGAUCAGUCUGACCCUGGUCACUUGAAUCAUCCUCAUCCACAUACCAUGACUGACACAGUCUCUGCUGAUGCAAACAGCACAUCUCCGAAGCCUGCAAAGCGUCCGUUGUCUACCUUCUUAACAACAGAGGAGACAGCAAUGAAUUACCCUCGCUGCAAGAAAAUAGGGUUAAACUUAUGUGUGGACAAAGACCAACCAAAGGAUAAACUUGACAGACGUGUAUUGACGCUCGGGAUUGUGAAUGAAGUGAACAGUUUUGCCUCAAAAUUGUCUGGAACAAAAGGUACAGUCAUUGUUGAUGUCCUUAAACACAACUUCAACAUUGGCCAAGAGCUACAUCCUGUACAGGUCAUGUACUCAUACAGUGCACUGAAUGUCAGCAAGUCUGCCUGGCUCAAUGAAGUUUUUGUUAUUCAGUCACAUCCCAGACAAUCUGGAAAACAGAAACGGGCAUCUGUAACGCAGAGAAGUGACUUGCAGGAAACUAUCAAGAAAAGAAGGAUGUCUCUGCUAACAAAUGAGAAAAGAGAUACACUGCCAAGUCAUAAUACAAGUGCCAUCAUAUUGACGACAAAACGUCAGAGAAGAGGACAACUUUAUCCCUUUUGCAAAGAGAUAGGUUUGGAUCUAGACGUGACAUCAGGAUCAACAAAGAAAGAAAAACUGGACUUGAAGCUAUUGACCACAGCAGUAGUUUGUGAGAUACAUAAAUUUGCAUCUGAGGAAGCAGGAAACUAUUACCCACGCACUGUGUUUUAUAUCCUUGAUGCUAACUUUGAUCUUAGCUCACAAUAUUACAGGCGCUGGGAGUUCUCCGUAGAUACUGCAGCCAAAGUCCAAAACACAGUCAAGCAAUAUUGUGAAAAAGGAGACGGAGCUGACGAGGUCUUCAAAUUGCCAUUUGUUUUUGCUCCCAAAUCUUCACAAAAGAUUGCAGAGAGGAGACAAAAUGGCAAUGAUAAAAAGUAUUCUCAGAAAGAAGCAGACAAGGAAACCAAUAAGGGUAGUUGUGAGAACCAAGUGAGAUGCCAUUCAGAUGUAACUAACAAGGAACCUUGGUCCCAUAAUGAUGAAAUAAAUAUCCUAACAGAUCCAUGUACGAUGAAUGUGCAGAUGAAUGGGAACCUAGUGAGUGUAGCCUGUGGUAGUCCUCUCCAGGGAAACAUACAGAUUAAAGAGGAGGAGGAGGAGGAGUACAAUUCACAUUAUGGCGAUAAAAAAACAGAACUGGACGCUGAGGAAGAAUAUCAUUCACAUAAUGAUGAUGUCAAAGCAGAGUCAAACACUGGAGAUGUCAAGCAUUUAGUUCCAGGUGAACCUGCAGGAUCCCUUGGAGCCGAUGGCAGUCAGGAUUUCUUGGAAAAUCCAACAAGCUCUGACAUCCCUAAAGAGUCAGAAUCAAGUAUUACUACUGACGUCUCAUUCACGUUACCAACUGUAAACUCAAAAGUGAACCCACCAUUUGCAAGUCAACCUGAUGAAAAGGGGCUUUGUGGAAGGGAAGAGCAAACACAGACUCUAAGAAAUGCACCAAAUGAAUGUGACAUGGAACAAGAGGAAAUAGGAACAGAGCACAACAUGUGGAAGUUGCGUGCAAACCGUGUAAAACAAAUCCUCUCUGCACUAAACAAUGAGUUUAAUGCAUUCUUCAAGACCAGGAAAUUCAGUCUUGAAUUCAAUGUUGGAUUUGGCCCUAAGCAAAACCUCAGUGUUGACUCUUUGACUAAUGCUGUUCUGCUUAAAAUUGAAAAAUUUGCCUUAGCAAUUAAUUCAUCCCAGCAGAAUUUCAUCAUGGAGAUUCUUGAGUACAACUUUGAUCUUGGCCUACAGAGUCAACAUCAUAGGGAUGUCUUUGCAUGUGAAAUAAUGAAAAGAGUAAGACAGCUCGGAAGUUGUGAAGAUGCAGUCAGAUUUUCAAAUGAGGUUUUUGAACUUCCUGGUCCCAUCCCAUCAAUAGAUAUGACAAAUCAGAGUGUGGGCAGUGUCAUUCCUGAACUCGACAGCAUUUCAAGAAUGGAGAAGUGUGAUGUUGCUCCCAUGUGCCAACUUAAUUCACAUGCCAAAACUAAAGAAUGUAUUUCACUCAAGAAUGAGGAUCUUUAUCACUUGUGCAAGGGAAUGGGUCUGAAGCUACAUGUAAACAAUAGUCAACCAAACAAAAAACUGGAAAUCAACAAAUUGACCAAUGGAGCAAUGACUGCAGUGACAACCUUUGCAGAGAAGUUGUGUGGAACAUUUGAGCAGAUUUGUCUUGACAUCCUCAGACACAACUUUGAUUUGAAUUCGCAAAGUGGAGAUUCUGACCUUGCCAAGAAUAUUCUUGCACGAAUUCCUGUGGUAAUAGAGCAAAAGAAUCUAUCAACCUGCACAAAAUCUUGCAAGAAAUUAAAGCGCACAAGAAAAGAUAGCUCAACAAUGGCGAAACAAGAUUUGCAGAACAACCCAGAUUUAGAUGCAUGUAGUGCUGGUUCUUCCCAGGCCGCAGUCACAGACCAAAAUGUUGCCAGUUCUGCUGACACUGAACACAAAAAUGAGUACAAUUUAUUGCUGUGGAAAUUACGGGCCAAUCAUAUUCAGCAAAUCCUUUCAGUACCUCAUGAAGAACAUUGCCCACUUUAUUCUUACUCCAGAUGCAAGAAAUUGGGAAUUGAUUUCAACGUAGGAUCUGGAGCAAAACAAAAUCUUGAUCCCAAAUUACUGACCAAUGGCAUCAUGGUUGAAUUGAACACUUUUGCCACAGCACUGCUAUCAGCCAGAAUGCAUUUCAUCAUAGAGAUUUUGGAGCAUAAUUUUGAUCUUAAAUUUAAAAAUGAGCAGUGCCGCAAUGCCUUCGCAGAGCAAACUAUGGAAAAAAUUAGAGUAAGGAAUCCACAUAGAAGAUCCACCCGCAAGGGGUCUCUAAGGAAAAAGCCUUUUGAACUCCCUGACAUGAGCUGCAUACAAGAACCUACUUGUGAGAAAACUAAUCAUUGCCCCAAAUGCCCUAGAGACCGAAAUCAUAAGCUUCAUCAGGAUGAAUUUGACGCUGGUCACAUGCAUCAUUCCCGUCCACAUGCCGUGACGGACACAGUCUCUGCUAAUGUAAACUGCACACCACAAAAGCCUACAAAGGAUCCAUCCUCUAGCUUCUCAACAACAGAGAACACAAUUAUGGACGGUUACCCUUACUGCAAGAAAGUCGGUUUUAACUUGUGUGUGGACAAAGACCAACUAAAAGAUAAGCUUGAGACGCAUGUCUUGACACGCGGGAUUAUGAUGGAAGUGGCUGGUUUUGCCAAGAAAUUGUGUGGAACAAAUAAUAAAGUAGUUAAUGAUGUCAUUGAACACAACUUCAACAUUGGCAUGGACAGUCGAAACCUAAACCCUGCAACACUAUUCCGCAGAGAGAUUAAACAAAAUGAUGGAGGGCUUGACUGGUUCAAUAAAGUUUUUGGUUUUCAGUCAUAUUCGCACCGACCACCUGGAUAUGUGGGUAAAGUGAAACGGGAAUCUGCCAUGCAUAGGAGUGAAAGGAAGGAAACCAUCAAAAAAAGAAAGUUGGCACUGCAAACAAAAGAGGAAAGAGCCACACUGCCAACUCAUAAUGCAAGUGUUGUAAAAUCAAAGAAAAAUCAUUGGAGUAAAGGAGACCUUUAUCCCAUUUGCAUGGAGAUAGGUUUGGAUCUAGACGUGACAUCAAAAUCAAAAGAGAAAGAAAAACUGGACUUGAAGCUAUUGACCAGAGCUGUAGUGUUGGAGAUGCAUAUAUUUGCAACUCAGGAAGUUGGACACUAUUACCCACGUGCUGUGUUUGACAUCCUUGACUAUAACUUUGAUGUUAGCUCACAAUAUUACAGGCGCUUGGAAUUUUCCAUAGAUACUGCAACCGAAAUCCAAACGAUGGUCAAGCAGUUUUGUGAAAAAGGAGACGGAGCUGACAAGGUCUUCAAAUUACCAUUUGUUUUUGAUCCCAAGGCAUGUGCAAACUCUUCCCUACACACUGCUAACAAAUCGGAAUCAAGUUGUCUGGGCAAUCGUGCACCUUUCAUCACCUCAAGUGACGUCUUAUCCAGUUCACCAUCUGAAAAUUCAAAUAUGAACUCUCCAUUUGGAAGUCAACCUGAUACAAGAGGGCUUUGUGGAGGUGUAGAGCAAACACAGAUUCCAGGAAAUGUGUCAACUGAAGGUGACAUGGAACACAAAGAAAUAAGAACAGAGAUCGACUACACUUGCCCUUUAGGAGAGUCUGAUUUAGACUCAGAUGAAGUCACAGAUGCAGGAAGCACUGGUAACCAAGGUCACUUAGAAAACUCAGAUAUUGCUAGUGGAUCAGAAUCAAGUUGCCUGGAUAUUCAUCCUCCUUUCUUCAACUCCACUGAUGUCUCAUCCACUUUACCAACUGUGAACCCACCAUUUGCAAGUCAACUUGAUGAAAAAAGGCUUUGUGGAGGUGAAGAGCAAACACAAACUCCAAUAAAUGUCCCAAAUGAAUGUGACAUGGAACAAGAGGAAACAGAGACCAACAUGUGGAAGUUGCGUUCCAACCGAGUAGAACAAAUCCUCUCUCCAUUAAGCAAAGAGUUUGGUCCAUUCUACAGGUGCAAGAAAAUCUGCCUUGAAUUCAAUGUUGGAUUUGGUCCAAAGCAAAACAUCAGUGUUGACUGUUUCAGCAAUGCUGUUCUGCUUGAACUUAUUAAUUUUGCCAUGGCAAUUAAUUCAUCCCAGAAGAAUUUCAUCAUGGAGAUUCUCGAGUCCAACUUCAACCUCGGCUUGCAGAGUCAGCACCAUAGGAAUAUUUUUGCAUGUGAAAUUAUGAAGAGGGUAAGACAGCUGAGAAGUUGUGAAGAUGCAGUCAAAUUCUCAAAUGAGGUUUUUGAACUUCCUCUACCCAUGCCAUCAAUUAAAAUGACAAAGAAGAGUGGGGGCAGUGUCAUUCCUGAACAAAUGGAGAAGUGUGACGUUGCUCCUGUGUGUCCUCCUGAUUCACAUGAGACUAAAAAACUUACUUCACACAAGAAUGAGGAUCUUUAUCCCGCGUGUAAGGAAAUAGGUCUGAAGCUACAUGUAAAAAAUCGGCAACUGAACAAAAAACUGGACUUCAACAAAUUGACCAAUGGAGCAAUGACUGAAGUGACAAACUUUGCAGACAAGUUGUGUGGAACAUUUGAGCAGAUUUGCGUCGACAUCCUCAGACACAACUUGGAUUGUGAUUUGAAAAGUGGAGAUUCUGACCUUGCCGAGAAUCUUCUUGCACAAAUUCCUGCUGUAAUGGCGAAAAGAAAUCUAUCUACCUGUGUUAAAGCCUUCAAGAAAUUAAAGGCCACAAGAAAAGAUAUCUCAACAGUGGAAAAACUGGAUUGCCAGAACAACACAAAUUCAGAUGCAUACAGUCCUGGUUCUUCCCAGGCAGAAAUCAAAGAUCAAAAUGCAGAGAGUUCCGCUGACACUGAACACCAGAAUGCACUCAAUAUCGAGCUGUGGAAAUUGCGGGCCAAUAAUAUUCGGCGAAUCCUCUCAAUACCUCAUGAAGAACAUUGCCAACUUUAUUCUUACUCCAGAUGCAAGAAAUUGGGAAUUGAUUUCAAUGUAGGAUCUGGAGUAAAGCAAAAUCUUGAUCCCAAAUUACUGACCAAUGGCAUCAUGGUUGAAUUUAACACUUUUGCUACAGCACUUCUAUCAGGCACAAAGGAAUUUGUCACAGAGAUACUGGAGUAUAAUUUUGAUCUUAAUUUUAAAAAUGAUCUGUAUCGCAGUGCUUUUGCACAGCUAAUUAUGACUCAAAUGAGGUCACGCAAAAAAAAAAAGACACCUUUUGAACUCCCUGACAUGAGCUGCAUACAAGAACCUACUUAUGAGAAAACAGAGUAUUGCCCCAAAUGCUCUGAAGACCGAAAUCAUAAGCUUCAACAGGAUGAAUUUGACGUUGGUCACAUGCAUCAUCCUCGUCCAAAUGCCAUAACGGACACACACUCUUUUGAUGUAAACACCACAGAACACAAGCCUACAAAGGAUCCGUCCUCUACCUUCUCAACUACAGAGCAGACACUAAUGGACAGUUACCCUCACUGCAAGAAAAUAGGUUUGAAGCUGUGUGUGGACAAAGACCGACCAAAAGAUAAACUUGACACACAUGUCUUGACUCGCAGGGUUGUCACUGAAGUGGAACAUUUUGCCAAAAAAUUGUGUGGAACAAAAAGUAAGAUCAUUUAUGCACUCCUUGAACACAACUUCAACAUCGGCAUGCAGGACCGAGACGUAGAUCUUGUGCAGAUGUUCCGCAGAGAGACGGCACUAAAAGAUCUCGGGAUUGACUGGUUCAGUGAAGUUUUUGUUUUUCGGCCAGUAUUUCACAGGCAGCCUGGAUAUGUAGGUAAAAUGACACGGGAAUGUGCUGUACAGAGAAGUGAAUGGCAGGAAACUAUCCAAAAAAGAAAGCUGGCACUGCAAACAAAGGAGAAAAGAGAGAGAGAGACACCAAGUCAAAAUACAAGUGUCGUAAAAUCAAAGAAACUUCGGACUAAAGUAAACCCUUAUCCCAUUUGCACAGAGAUAGGUUUGGAUCUAGACUUGACGUCAAAAUCAGAAGGCAAAGAAAGACUGGACUUUGAGCUAUUGACCACAGCUGUAGUUGCGGAGAUACAUAAAUUCAUAACUUCAAUGGGAGGACAGUAUUUCCCAGGUACUCUGUUUGACAUCCUUGACUAUAACUUUGAUCUUAGCUCACAAUAUUACAGGCGCUUGGAAUUUUCCAUAACUACUGCCUCCAAAGUCCAAGCCUUAGUCAAGCGAUAUCGUAAAAAACGAGACAAAGCAGAUGUGGUCUUCAGAUUGCCGUUUGUGUUUCCUCCCAGGAAUUUACAAAGUUCUUGCGAGAACAGACAGCAAAAUAAAUGUACAAAUGAUUCCCAGGAAAAGCCAGACAAGAAAAAGAAUGCAGGUAGUUGCGUGCGCCAAGUGAAAUACCAUUCAGAUGUCAGUCGCAUCAAUUUUCUCAGUGGCGUCAAAACUAACGAGGACCUUUGGUCCCUUGAUGACCCAAAGUCCCCAACUGGUCAUUUGCCAAGGAAUGUGCGGAUGAAUGAGAGUCUAGCGGGUGUAGGUUGUGGUCGUCCUCUACAGGGAGGCUAUAUGAAACCAGAACCGGACACUGAGGAAAAAUAUCAUCCACAUUAUGAUGUAAAAACAGAGUCAAACACUUUAGCUCAACCUGCAGCACCCCUUGGAUAUACAAUGAUGACUCUGUGUCCAAUCUCUGGAAGCAUAAAAACCGAAUCAGAAAAUCAGACUGUCCAGUAUUACAUCCUAGCUCAACCACAAGUCUCUGAAGGACACGCUAUGCUAGCUGUAUGUCCAAACAUUACGAGUAACAUAAGAACCGAAUUGGACACUGCAGGUGGGAAGUAUUCAGCUCCAAGUGAAGCACCAGCAUCCCCAGAAUACUCCAUGGUAACCAUAGGUGAGGUCAGUGACGGUACAUUGAUCAAAGAAGAGCCUGCUGACUCAUUCCAUUAUGGAGUUGUGUCAUACCCCGAAAGUGAAGUGGGCAUCAAACAGGAAUGGGAUCCUAAAUGUGCUGAAUAAUCGCUGGCAGAGACAGGGGUGUUUUACACUAAACAGAUGCUAUUAUCUUUGCUAUGAAAACUUGGUUUGUGUUGGGGAAGAAUGUAGUUAAUGACUUCUUUUAAUGCUGCAAGAAAAUAUCCUGUGAAACGCUCAUUGUUAAACUCUUAAGGAAUGGAGCUUUGUACUUCAAGCCCUAAAAGAUGGCCGGGUAUGACUAAAAUGUUUGAAUGCAAAGGGCUUUCUUUUUUUUUUCUUUUCUUUUUUUUUUUUUGUCAGCUUUUGUUGAAAUUUGUAAGAAUUUGAGAAUUGUUUUGACACUGAACCAGACUUUGUUGAUGGACGUUUUAGUCUUUUAAAGUGCUUGUUCUCUCUUGUGUUCUGUUAACUUCAAUAAUAACUUGACUUCAGUAAUAGUUUUUCUUUGUUUUAUUUUUCAAGAGGAAAAAAUGCUUACUUACAAUGUAAAUAAGAAGAUUUUGUAUAUUACGAAAACAUUUAAAAAGCUGUAGAUAGAUGGAGAUGAGUGUGUGUUAUAUAAACAUUUAAAAGCA